AUGUCGCUGUCUACACUAAGCAAACUACCAACGCUAUGUACGAGAUGCGCACGACCGCUCCCCCUUUCGCGCCGGAAUUUAGCGACGUUCAGCUCCGCAUCGACCUCGCCCCUAAAACUUGCCAUCAUAGGCGCAGGUCCAUCCGGUUUCUACACCGCCUCUCGCGUGCUCAGCUCUCUACCGGCCGAUUCGCCCAGCGGCAGAGAUGUGGAAGUCCACAUGUAUGAACGACUCCCUACGCCAUAUGGAUUGGUGCGGUAUGGCGUCGCGCCAGAUCAUCCGGAAGUGAAAAAUUGCCAACACAAGUUCGACGAGCUCGCGAAAGACCCCCGAUUCAAAUACUUCGGAAACGUCCUAAUCACCUCUCAAGCCUCGAUCUAUUCCUUCUCCCCCUCGACCGAUCCGCCCACCCCACCUACAGCCCUAUCAUCAUAUACUUACCCCCACGCCGUCACUAUACCCCUCACAUCCCUCGUACAUCACUACAACGCCCUUCUCCUCUCGUAUGGCGCGUCCCUCUCCAACCCGCUCACUUCCGUCCCCGGCUCCUCAUCAUCGCCCUCACCUCUCGCUGGCGUAUACCCGGCUCUAGCCCUCGUGGGAUGGUACAAUGGCCACCCAGCCUUCGCGGACCUUCCCGUCGAUCUCCGCGGAAUGACGGACGUCUCUGUCGUCGGACAAGGAAACGUCGCGAUGGACGUCGCGCGCAUUCUCCUCAAACGGGCAGAAGACCUCUCCGGCACUGAUAUUCCGGAUGAUAUCCUGCAUGUCCUGGCGCAGAGCGAUGUGAAGCAUGUCCGGGCAGUAGGACGGAGAGGACCGGGCCAGGUGGCGUUUACGACGAAGGAGUUUAGGGAGAUUAUCUCGAUUCCGGGCGUCGGGUUCGAGGGGCUCGAGGGAGGCAUGAUGGAGGAUGCCAAGGCGCUGGUCAAGGGCGAUAGGAUGCGUACGAGGAUAUUGGGUCUGAUGGAGAAGGACAAUAAGCAUGUCGGGGGAGAGAAGAGCUUUUCGCUCGACUUUUUGAGGAGUCCGGCGGCGUUUAGGGGUGACGAGAGAGUGAGGGCGGUGGAUUGGACGGUCAAUCAGCUCCUACUCUCCGCGCCUGACUACCCGGCACCGCCGCCCUCGCAACCCGGAGCGGCGACGGCUACAGGUGGCGCGAGCGGGGAAGGGACGGGAUUACGGGCCGGAUCAUCCGGGGGUAUUGUGGCUCGGCCGACGGGGGAGAAGGUCACGACCAAGGCGGAUAUUGUGGUUGAAAGUGUGGGGUAUCGGUCAGAACCGCUCGGGCCGGUGGAGGAGGGCGGAUGGGGAUUGCCGUUCGACCGAUCGAAGGGCAGGGUGAAGAAUGUCGGAGGGAGGGUAGUGGCCGAGGAUGGCGUUGCUAUACCCGGGAUCUAUGCCGCAGGCUGGGUAGCUCGAGGUCCCAUCGGCGUCAUCGCGUCAACCAUGCACGACGCCUACUCCGUCGCCGAUCAGCUUCUCGCAGACCACUACUCAACCCCUGCAGGGUCCGUAUCUACAGGUAAUCCCCUGCCUCGUGAGCCGGAGUCAGGGCUUCCGGCCGAGAUCGCUCAGGGCCAGCGAGAAGGGAAAGUGGUGGAUCUGGAGAAGUGGGGAAGGAUUGAUGCGGCCGAGCGGGAAAGGGGUAUGGCGAGGGGAAAGGAGCGGGAGAAGUUCCGGCGCGUCGAGGAGAUGCUGGCGGUACUAGGAUAG